GUGAAGAGGAACAAAUUACCAGUUUUGCAUAAAAUGAAAUCAUCUUCACAUAAAGCCGUCAAAACAUGUUUCGCUCAUUUAUAAAAGUCACGUGAUUACAUCUCGUACGCCGUCGACGUGAUUUUCGAGCCGACUUUCACUAAAACCACCAAAUAAAUUUAGUUUAUUCCCAAGAGGUGAGCCGAUAAGUUAGACUAACACCACCACCACGAAAAAAUCCAUCAAACAAUGAAACCGAUUCUGGCGUUCCUCCUUCUUGUUUCCACCGCUGUGUGCGAUGUUUCCCACUUGGUGAGACUGCAACAAACCGAACCGUCCACCCCGCCGCCGCCCCCGAAGCCCUACGCUUUCGGUUACGCCGCUGGUCGAUUUCCCGGACACAUUGACCGGACUCAUUCGGAAGUUUCCGAUGGAUCCGGUGUUGUACAAGGUUCAUAUUCAUACGUCGACCCCCGCCACCAAAUCCGCACCGUGGAGUACAUCGCCGACAAAGAUGGCUUCCAUCCGGUCCUUAACAAAAACCCCCCGCCUGUGCCAUCCGACACUCCGACUGUAGCCGCCGCCAAAAACCGCCAUUUAGCUAAAUUCGCCGAAAUAGCUAAUGCCCAUGCCUUCGCACCCGGAACUGUGGUCGUUCCGGUCGAUUCGGUGGCGGUGUCACGUGCCAAAGACAAACACUUCCAACUAUUUCAGAAGAUAGCGGAAGAACACGCCCGCCUGGCGGCCCUGCAAGAAGCGGAGAACCUGGCCAGUGAAGGGACAAAUCGACCGAUUUUACUGAAAGAGCACUGAAUUUUAUAUUAGUGUUAUUAAUUCGCGAUUGCCGGAAGUAAUCACAUAAAUGGUAAUAUUUUAUGGUUUUUAAACACGUCUGACGUGACAAGUGACGUCAUUCGUACGUUACCAUCUUCCUGGUUACUUCUACCGAACGUGAAUCGAUAAAAUGUUUAAUUUGUUGUUAAUUACGUAGGGUACAUAGAGAAUUUGUAAUGUUACAGUGUAAAACGGUAGAUUAAUUUGUUUUAUAUGCUUUUAUUGUGUUAUCGACAUAACUGAAUUUGGACGCUUUGCUACGCCAAUACAAGUUUUGAUUUAUUACUUCUAUUAUUUACGAGAUAAUGGUGUGAUGGUAGGCCAUCAGUUUCAAUAAAUAGCUCUUAUUUUUAAAAA